AUGACGUACGUGAUAGACGCUCGCGGUCCCCCUUCAACCGGGACCGUCCGCCCCGCGAGAGGUCGCCCUUUGUGGGGACGCCGCCAGCAGGGCCCAGGGGAGGGUCGUACCGCCCACGAUCCCGUAGCCAGGGGCGUCGGGAUGACCGCCCUCCCUUUGGCCCAGGCCGAUCUCCCCGACCGGCCGCUUUCUCGCCUGGUGUUCCUUCCCAAGCUGCUUCAAGACGUUCUUCUCCUCGCCGCGCAUCUAGCAUCGCCCGUUCUCAACCGCAAUCCCGCGAACACACCCCUCACCAUUCACUCAACGCCACGCCCACCCUUGCCCAACGAGAACCCCCAAGCUCGGCGCUACAGAAUCUGGCUCUCAGUCCGCAAAAUCGCCCCCGCGGCCCUGCGGCCCUUCGACAGCAAUCGAGUGGUCCUCCAGGGCAGGCUGCCAGGGCCAUGGCUCCGCCGACCCCUCCCGCGCAGUCUCCUGCAGCUCGUCCACCCCCUAGGACCAACGAGGUCAGACGCUGCCAGCCCACCCGUAGCCCCUACCGGGCCUCGGGGGUAUGUGGCGCCAUCGCGAGGGUCGUACAAUGGCCGUGGCCCUCGCAGUUCGUGGGCGUCCCCAUUGCCGCCUCGUCAUGCGACGCCCACCGCUCAGUCGCCUGCACCAACCACCCCAAGCGCAAGCGGCAUUCCCACGGGACCACGGUACUCUGUUUCCUCGGCAACGCAAGCCUCACCCGCCAACCCGAGCAAGCCGUUCCAUCCACCUACGGCUCCCGCGUCGCAGCUAAGCGGCCCCAGCACGCGCCCCACAAUCGCGCAGAGCUUGUGGUCAUCCAUGCCUCCCGUUGUCAGUGGCGGCAAGGUGGAUCCCUCGCUCGUAGCGUUGACGUCGGGCGUCACGCGGGAGGUGGAGCCUCAUUACAGGAAGCUCCGCGAAGAAGAGGAGAGGUUGCGCGAGGAGCUCCGUGUCAAGCAGGACAAGUUGUCUAAGAACCUGCGGCAAUGGGACAAGCUGGAGCGCGAUGCCAAGGCGUGGGAGCUCCGCAGCGACCUCAGUGAGAAUAGUAUGAGAAAUCUCGCUGGGGACGGACCCGGUGCUGCCUUUUAG